AGUAAGUUACCCACACGCUCAAUGUGACUGCAAAAUGACAACGAGUUAUGUCUGUCUACCGAUCCAAGCAGUACGUACGACAGGACUUCUAUUUUCAAAAUAUUUUGUCCACUAAUUCGUCCAUUAUUUUAUUUUUUAUUUUUUAAUAUUGUUAUUUUUUGAUUCUUGAUCACUUUUGGUGAUCACACCGUGAUAAUGUCGACAAACGUAUAUUUUAAAUUUAUAUUUGUUUUAACUAUUUUAAUUUUAAGCGAGUUGAGUUUUACUUAUGCGAAUCCAGUCAGCCAGGACAAUUACAACGAGUCAUCAACUUUACCAUUUUCAUCAGCUACUAUAUUAAAUCCAAGCACAUCUCCAAGCUCUAUAAACUAUUUGUCUUCGUCAUCGGUAUCUACGGAAGAAUUAAGCACAUCUUCAAGCCCUGUCCAAGGUCCUUCUUCGUCAUCAUUAACGACGGAAGAACCAAGCACAUCUUCAAGCUCUGUUCAAGAUCCAUCUUCGUCAUCGGUAUCUACGGAAGAACUAAGCACAUCUUCAAGCACUGUCCAAGGUCCAUCUUCGUCAUCAUUAACGACGGAAGAACCAAGCACAUCUUUAAGCUCUGUUCAAGAUCCAUCUUCGUCAUCGAUAUCUACGGAAGAACUAAGCACAUCUUCAAGCACUGUUCAAGAUCUAUCUUCGUCAUCGGUAUCUACGGAAGAAUUAAGCACAUCUUCAAGCACUGUCCAAGGUCCAUCUUCGUCAUCGUUAACUACGGAAGAACCAAACACAUCUUCAAGCACUGUCCAAGGUCCAUUUUCAUCAUCGGUAUCUACGGAAGAAGCAAGCACAUCUUUAACCACUGUUAAAGAUCCAUCUUCGUCGUCGUUAACUACGGAAGAACCAAACACAUCUUCAAGCACUGUCCAAGGUUCAUCUUUGUCAUCGUUAACUACGGAAAAACCAAACACAUCUUUAAGCACUGUUCAAGGUCCAUCUUCGUCAUCGGUAACUACGAAAGAACCAAGCACAUCUUCAAGAUCUAAAGUAUACACAACUUCACCGUCAACGACCACAAAAUUACCAAAUAAUCCGUCUGAAAAUGUUUUAUGUCACGAAUUUAUGCCCUUUUUUUAUCGCUGUGAAACUUCAAAUGCAAUAUAUAUAAUAAAGUCAAUGCACAAUAUCUUAUAAUAUAAAACGAAUUUUUCAUAAAAUAUUCUAGAAUGCUACUCAGUACUAUAGUCUUAUAAAAUAUUAUUAUUAGCUAUGUAUAGUUGAAAUCACAUUUAAUGACUAUCAUUAAUGUGUUUCAUAUUAUCAUUAACAUUCUGUUUUAAGUAGAUUUUUUUUCAUUUGUAUCUAAACCUAUAUUAUAAUUUACUGGUGAAUAUAGUUUAUAAAAUAUUAUACAUCCUUAACUGUUUUAAAUAUCAUUGUUAAAUGUGUCAUUGUUAUUAGUUCUGCAGGCUAGUUGAUUUAUAAAUACUUUGCGCUUUUAAACAUCUAGACGGUUUAAUGGCGAUAAACAAUACAAUAAAAAUGUCUUAUUCAAACUUUUUCUCUUAUAUAAUAAUGCAAAAUACACAUAAUGAACGAUUCAUAUUUCCUGUCUAUAGUAGUGGAGUAGCUUGUGUGGAAGCGAAAAUAUAAACUAUCUAGCAGUUUUUGGCAUAGUAUUCGAAUUGUAUAAGCAGAAUAAAUA